AUGCUUUCCAGCCGGUUCAUCACGCGCGCCAUCAGGCCGUCCACUCGGACUCUUCGCAGCACCACUCUCGCAGCCAUCCCGCAACCUGCGCUGCGUUCACGCACAUACGCCUCGUCACCCACCCCAAACUCGUUCCCCCAGUUGCCACCGGGAUUCGAAAAACUAGCACACUCCCCAUCAGCCCUUACGGCCAUCUCGAACCUGGUAGAAGUGAUGAAGCAGAACGGCGUCGAUCUGCACACUGGCGAGAAGCCCAGCAUGUGGCAAAUGGUGAAACUCGCUCGUAAUCAGGAGGUCAGAGAUGCUACGACCAAAGUCAUGGAAGAACUUAAAAACGCUGGAAUAGAUGUUUCGCCUGAACGUCUUCAGGCCAUCAUGAACAGUCAAAACGACUUUUUUGGUGGUGACAAACAGAAUGGCGGCAAGAAGGAGUAA